UAAAACACCAUGUGAGUGAGGUUUUAUGAAGAGAAGUCCGUCUUCUAAACGUUGACAAGUUAAUCUGUUAUACACUGUCCACGUACCAUGUCAAGCACAAUUGGUUCAGGGUAUUUAUUCCAAACAAGUUGCGCUUUUUGACGUUACCGGAAGAGGGGGAAUCCAUUUGCGGUCAUGCUCGGAUUUUGGUCGGCUUACAGAAUGUGAAACAGAUAUUGAUCGAUUAACAAGACCAGGAUAAAUAUCGCCUCGUUUAAUAUCAAUCGCAUGAAGUAACUGAUCAGCAUGAAUGCCAAGAGAGCGGAUGAGUUGAAGGAGCAGGGCAAUGAAUGUGUGAAGAAGGACAACUACAUGGAGGCCAUUAUCCACUACACACACGCCAUCAAACUGGACCCAUUCAAUCACCUUGUGUUCAGCAACCGGUCCUUAGCCUUCCUCAAGGUCCAGCAGUACUUCCUGGCUUUAGAUGAUGCCAAACAGACCAUCAAACUACAGCCCAACUGGACAAAGGGCUACUUCAGGAAAGGGGAGGUUGAGUUUGCAGUAGGACAUUACAACGAUGCCAUUUUGUCCUACAAUAAAGCCAUGGUCCUGGAUGCCACUGAUGUGAAGGUGAGAGAUGCCAUCAACAGGACAAGGUCAGCCAUGAAUAAGGAGAGAAAAGCAAAUGCCCGUCUGCCGUGGAAGUUUGCAGCUGGUGGUGGAGGAAUGGGACUUCUGAUUGUGAUCGCAGAUCAGUACCUCGCUAAAGAACCUUCCAUAACUUACCUGGUGCUACAGCUGUUGCUGGUAUUGGUGUUCGCAACUCUAGGCUAUGUCAUUGCCCUCGGAUACAGGUUUGUGAUGAACUCACAGAAAUCCUCGUUACUGGAAGCACCAAUAGAUUUACUGUCGGAGAUGGAGGGCAAGCCAUCAGGCCAGACAAAUCCUGAAGAAUCCUCCCAAGAAGUGCCAGAAUCAGGAAAACGCCACCGUAAGGGCGGCACUGGAGCAGCCAGACAGAGAUACAAGCAGGGCAAGACUUGAUGACCAGAUGACCAUCACUACAUUGCUAUAUAUAUACACUGUACAUAUGUCAUACAGUCAUCAAAGGUUAAAACACACCUCACAACUUAGGCAUUUAUAAGUUAGAGCAGUAAGGAAAGAUAACAAUAUGGAUGAAAAGAAUAUAAAGAAGUUAUCCAUCCCAAUAUUGUUAUCCUUUCUCAUCAGGACGUCAAGAGAAAGAUAAGAUGACAUUUAACAUAAUUAAACAAGAUUUGUUGGUCACCCGUCCAUCCAUCUUGUUUGGUUUGGUGAUCAUGAUUCCAUACUAUCCAAGAUAGUUCCUGGAACUGGUUCAGACAUUAACCAGGUUAAUAUAUAACCAAACUAGGCUGUUGUCAGUCAAGAUGGCUCAGUUGUAACCUCAACUGGACCCCUUUGUGUUCAGCAGGUCAGUUUGUGACCAGUAAUUAUGAUAUGUUCAUACCAUUAUCAACACUUGACAUGGCCUCUUUACUCCUUUCAAAGGUCAAAUUUGUUCUCACGUCACAGAUUAACAAAAUGGUACAUGGCUGACUUUGUGAAUAUAAUUUGAAAUCCCAAGGAAUCCUAAUUAAGGGUUGAGUGAUGGAUAACCUGAUUAAAUCAGUCACCAAGGCUGGUUGCUAUGGCAGCUGUGAUACUUUUCAAACUUGAAACAAUAAGUUAUAGUAUUUCUAACAUUUCUCAUUCACUUGACUUUUCACCAUGAUAUAUUUUGGAUUACUCUUUCUCAGUAAAGUAUUGAUUCUCGUCCUUUUGUUAGGCAGAACCAUCUGGUAUUCGAAACCACACUGUCAGUCAGGUAGCUAAUCACCAUCACACAAAGUCGGCCAUCUAACCCACUCAGCCAUCUUACAUCCACAAGAAAAUGGACGUUGGACAACUGGUACUUUACUGAAAAAGUGUAAUCACAUAAUAACAUAUGUUGCAUUUGACCACCUUGUAAAUGGCAUUGUGUAUUCAUUUACGUUUUAGGUCAGACAUUCUACUAUGUCAAUAUAGCCACUAUUCUUAAGACCUAGUCUAUUCAAAUUACUUUUUGACUAAAAAACUCAGCAAAUCAGAGUCCACAUUAUAUAAUUAUAUUCUACUAAAAAAUGAUGUUAAGAUCCAAGUUCGGGCUAGUAUGUGUUUGGAACACACUGCAUUAUGAAGUAUCUGACAAAUGAAUGGACAAUGCCUGUAUUGUGAUUCCAUCAACCAUCUGGUGGUACCAACUGAGAAGCUGUGGUUAUUGUUAAUGAAAAUUGAUAACAAAAUACAAUUUCGAGAAAUAUGUGGAAAGGUUUAAUCAAUUUUCAGUGUAUGCAAGGUGGGGGGCUUAAUACUUAAUAAUUUGUAUAUUAAUCAUAGAUGACCAGUCGUUGUGAGUAGUGGGACAUUUAUUGACAUAUUGAGUUGACCAGAGUAUAUAUGACCUUAAAUAAUUAAGAUAUAUCUGAACCAAAUUUUGUAAAUUUCAAAUGCAAAAGAUGUUCAAUUAUAUUGAUAUGUCUAAUAAGAUCAGCCUUUUUAAGAGUUUCUAAGACAGGUGCUAUGCACUUGAUUUCAAUGAAAUGUGAGAGUAGGGUUCAUGUUAGUGUUUGCAAUAGUGUCACAUUAUGGCAGAAGACAAAGGGCUCCUCACACUGCACCCAUGCGGUAUUCAAACUCAGGUUGUCGGUGAGACAAGUGGGUGCUUUAACCACACUACCACAGGCCCUCGUGUCUUUGCGAAGAUUAAAGAUGUUAAGAAAACAUAACACAUUUGAGAUGACCCCCGACUCGAAAUACCCGACAGUAUACAUUUAGCCGAGAGCCGCGAUGCGGUCCUAUACAGUCAAGAAAUGCCACACCCCCCGUUUUGUGCGGACAUACGUCAUCCAUUUGUGUCAAGAUCAUUUAGUUGAGGAUCAAAAUCGGAUUUUAAACGACUUACAGAAAUAACAAUGAAGAAUUGGUAGGUGUCAUGAGUGGUGAUCGAUAGGCCAAUCAUCCGUGAUUAUGUUUACAUGAAGUUUUAAUCGACUACAUGCGAUGGUAGCAUAGCGAUUGGCAAAGCAGGCAGGUAGGGUACACCGAAGUGUCCGGCCUUGUCAUAAUGUAUUGUACUGUGUAGCAUUUCAAGUCGGGGGUCAUGUCAAAAAAAUAUUUUUUUAAAUCUUUAAUCUUCGCAAAGACACGAGGGCCUGUGAACACCACCCCCUUAAUAUGGAAUGAAAAUACAGAACCCUCUGCUGUAUAGAUGUUUGAAAAGGUUACCGACAUAUUCCUACUUCCUAAAAUACAGUUUGAAAUGCCUGUGGUGAUUUCAUUGAUGCAAACAACAAAGAGAUUAGUUUCUGAAGUGGGUGUACAGCACAUGCUGUAGGUUACAUACCAACCACCAUGCAGGUCAGUUUGUAGCAAGCCCAUCCACUGUUGCUGUAGGUUACAUACCAACCACCAUGCAGGUCAGUUUGUAGCAAGCCCAUCCACUGUUGCUGUAGGUUACAUACCAACCACAAUGCAGGUCAGUUUGUAGCAAGCCCAUCCACUGUUACUGGUUGAGAACCUGCCGUCAUUCUUCAUCAGCAGUUUCUCUCUUCAUCAUGCACAGCUUCUCUCUUCAUCAUGCAUUGUUUCUCAAACUAACCUUUUGUACCUGGACUCCUUGGAUGAAAGAAAGCUUUUUUUCCAAAGUGAUAAAUAUCCCAUGUUAGUGCUUACUACUGCUACACAUGAAGCAGCAGGAAGCAGCAUUUGAAUGAGAUCUUGGUUAGGUCUGUUGCGGUGUGUACUGUUUUCUAACUUUCAAUUGUUCUCUAGUACAUGUAUAUAUUCAUUAUCGGGAUCGUCUCAUAUAAUUUAGUCAGGUUAUGAUGAAAUGUAAACACAAUUUACAAUACAAAGUAAGUCUGGGCUAGUACAAGCAGCCGCACAUACACAUACACAUGCAUGCACGUCGUCAUAUGAGCGAAAUAUUCUCAAGUACGACGUUAAACCCAAUUUCACCUCACCUCACCUCACCCCUAACACUGCAAACAUCGAUGGGCAUAAAAUAUCACCUUAAAAUAUCUUGCAAUCUCGUUAAAAUUUGUUUGUAUUGCUCGCUGUGACGAUUUGAGAAGAUAUGUGUGUAGUGGUAAGGUGUGCAAAGAUUUGAUGAGACUGUCAACAAGACUGGACAAAAUGUUUCUCUUCUGAUACAAAAUCUACUCCAGGCUGGUCUCGCCACCAGUGUGUCUCACAAUGUCCGAGCUGACCAGUGGACUACAAGGAGCAGUGUGACUACAAAUUGCUAGUUGUGAAAGGUUUGAUGAAGAAAGAGAAUUUUAAGAGUGUAUGUGAAUGUGAUUAAAGAAUUUAAUUAUU